AUGGCGCGCGGCGCGCGUGAGCCCGGCCUCGGGGGCUGGCCGAUGCGCGAUGGCAGGGCCGUCGAGGAGAUGGAGCGGCGCGUCGAGGAGCUCCGGCGGGAGACCGAGGCGCUUCGGGCCCAGGGCGACCGCCAGCACCCCGGCGCCGCCCCGGAGGGCAGGCCCGGCGCCGCGCCCGCGGAGGUCUCCGCGCUGGCCGAGCGGCAGGCCUCGCUGGAGCAGCUGCUCGAGGAGACGAACGCGAGCCACAGGCAGCUCUACGACGACCAGUACUCGAAGGCGGUGAAGCUGCAGAGCCGGCUGGACUCGGCGAUCGAGUCGCAGAACGAGAGGCUCGACCAGAUGGACUUCUCCCACGACGAGUGGAGGGGCGUGUUCGAGCAGUAUGGCGAGCGGAUGCUCGCCCUCGAGAGGAGGGUGGAGGACGGCGAGCGGGGGCGCUCCGGCAGCGGCGCUCCGGCGAACGGCAGCGAGGCCGCCGAGGCGCACGCCGCCCGAGGAGACGCGCUGGAGCGGCGGCUGGGCGCCCUGGAGCGGCGGGCGCAGGAGGCCCCCGAGCAGCCCGGCGCCUGGGCCGGCGCCCUGGCCGCCAAGGGCGAGGUGCUGGAGAGGCGCCUGGACGGCGUGGAGCGGAGGCUGCAGGACGCCUUCGAGCAGGAGCUCAGCUCCCGCACGGAGCGGAGCGAAGCGCUCGAGAGGCGCGCGGAGGCGUUCGAGCUGCGCGCCCAGGAGUCCCUGGACCGCGAGGGCAAGGCGCUCGAGCGGCGCCUGGAGGCCUCGGACCGCAGGAUCCAGGAGGCGCUCGAACAGGAGGCGGCCGCCCUGGGCGAGCGAGGGAGGGCGCUCGACAAGCGCAUGGCGGCACUCGAGGGCCGAGUUCAGGAGACGCUCCAGGAGAGGGCCGCUGGGUCGCUGGUGCCCGACGCCGGCGCGCUGGGCGCGCGGCUGACCUCGCUGGAGAGGCGGAUGGAGGAGGUGCCCGACGCUGGCGCGCUGGGUGCACGGCUGACCUCGCUCCAGCGGCGGCUGGACGAGGCGCCCGACGCCAGUGCGCUGGGCACUCGGCUAGCUACUCUGGAACGGCGGGUGGAGGAGACGCUCCAGGAGAGGGUUGUUGUGCCAUCGGCGCCCGACGCUGGCGCGCUGGGCGUACGGCUAGCCUCGCUGGAGAGGCGGAUGGAGGAGGCGCCCGACGCUGGCGCGCUCGGCGCGCGGCUGACCUCGUUGGAGCGGCGCGCGGAGGAGGCGCCAGACGCCGGCGCGCUGGGCGCGCGGCUGACCUCGCUGGAGAGGCGGAUGGAGGAGGCGCCCGACGCUGGCGCGCUGGGCACCCGGCUGACCUCGCUCCAGCGGCGGCUGGACGAGGCGCCCGACGCCAGUGCGCUGGGCACCCGGCUGGCCACCUUGGAGCGGCGGGUGGAGGAGACGCUCCAGGAGAGGGCCGCUGAGGCACCCGCGCCCGACGCCAGCGCGCUGGGCGCGCGGUUGGCCUCGCUGGAGCGGCGGGUGGAGCUGGGCGGGGAAGCGCAGAGCUCGGAGGCCUGCCGGCUGCGCGGGCGCCUGGACGCCGCCCUGGAGGAGCUGGGCGAGAGGCUGGACCGCCUCGGAGGGGCGCAGGACAGGUGGCGGAGCACCCUGCAGCUGCACGGCGACCGGCUGAGCGCGGUCGAGCUCCUCGGCGAGCGCCCGGCCGCGGCCGGGGGGCGCAGCGCAGAGGAUGGCCCAGUCGGCGAGCGCCUGAGCGCCCUCGAGCACCUUGUCGAGGAUUGCGAUACGAGGCAGAGGCGGCUUUUCGACGAGCAGAUGGCGCUCUCCGGGCGGGCUCUGGAGCUCAUCACGCAGGAGCAGGGUCUGCGAGAGGCGCAGGUCGCCAGUCUGGAGAGGACCGUCGCCCAGCUGGAGUGCCAUCCAGAGAGAUCGCUGGCAGCCUCUCUGGCAGCAUCCGCGGGCUGGAGGAGAUCAGCGGCGGCCUGCAGCAGCUGGAGGGCCAGGUGGCCCGCGCGCUGGGCGGCGCCGCCCGCGUGCGCGCGGGCGGCAGUCCGGCGCAGGACUUGCACUACCUCCACUCCGAGGUCGACGAGCUCCGGCAGCGGGCGGGGUGCUUCGACGAGGAGAUCGCGCGCUCCAUGCACGAGGGCAUCCGCCGCGCGGAGGAGCGGCUGGCCUGCGCGCUCGGCGCCCCCGGGGGCCGCAGGGAGGACGCCGAGCCCUCGCGCCUGCACGACGAGCUCGCCGGGCGCGUGGACCUGGCCGCGGCGGACCUCCGUCGGCAGGUGGACGCGCGCGUGGCCUCCGCGGAGGCGUACGUGAGGGCGACCGAGUCGGGCCUUGGCAGGGAGUUCACGAGGCACAUGGCGGAGCUCUCCGAGCGGGUGGGCAGGCUCGAGGGCAUCGCGGACUUUGGCACGGCGGCGCGCUGCGCCGAGGCGGAGCCGCUCGAGGUGGGGCGCUCGCGCCAGGGGUCUCGCCCUCGAGGUUUUCGGAGCGGUUGCCCUAUAGUCAUGGCGGUCCUCGGCGGAAGGCGGCGGAAGUCAGAGGAGGCUGCCGCCGCUGGCGAAAGGCCGGCGGAAGGUGAUCGUUGUCUUAUUCGUUGGUUUGCCGAUCGGCGCGGGCCCUCGCACCCCCACCUCUCAAGCAGUGACGAGGCGUCCUGGCUUGCCUAUCGGCCC